AUUAUCAUUAUUAAUAUUUUGUAAAUAUUUAUAUUUGUAGAUGAGCAUGGAAAAAUCAGUUAUAUUAAAGAUGUAAAUGUAAAAAGUUGGGCUUCCUCUAAACAUUGAAAUGUCCGUUGGGCUUUUUGUGAUUAUGAAAUAUUGGGCCGACAAGAAAAACAUAAAGUGUAGAAGUAAAAUCAUGUCGGAGACGCAGAAAGAAAGAAAAAGGAGAAGUGAGGGUUUAGAGAUGGAGCAAAGUAGCGGGAGAGUCAAUCCCAAGCCUAAGGUCAUGGCGACGCCUUCGAGCCUUGUCGGGAGCAUCGUCGAGAAAGCUAUAUCCGAUAUUAAGCCGCCGUCGCCGCCCAGACCCACCCGUCUUCCCUUCCCGGUGGCUCGCCAUCGUUCUCACGGACCACUUGUGGGGAGCAGAGUCCAAGCUAAUGUUUCUAUUGUGGAGGAGGAUGAUGCCAGUGACGAGGAAGAAGAAGAAGGUUUAAUGAAUGCAGACUCCAUUUCUGUUUUUGCUAAACCGCUUCAAAGAAAGGAGAAAAAAUGUAUGGAACUCAGUAGAUGGAAAGAUAUGCUCUCUGAGGACAAUCAUCCCACAUCCACCCGGAAACCUAACAUAAGGGCCUUGUCUGUUCCUCCACCUGAGGCUGCCACCGCUACUCCCAUGGACGUGGAUAACCGAAACACUCUACCGGCUGCUCAAACCCAAGAUUUGUCUACAAACCAGGUAGAGAUUGUUUCUGAGAAAGCAACGUCUUUAAGAAAUCCGGGGAGUCAACAUAAGACUUCUUCACUUGCUGCUGCUUCCCUUGGAUCCAAUGGAGUCGAAGUUAGACAGGCAUUUUCAUCUCUUGAGAGCGAUAUUGAUGUUGAGAACCGUGCACGCUUGCAGACAAUGUCACAUGAAGAGAUUGCAGAGGCUCAGGCUGACUUAUUGGAGAAGGGGAAUCCUGCAUUACUAGCCAUUUUGAAGAAACGAGGCCAGGACAAACUGAAGCGAAAGCAUUCUGAGCCGGGGGUUUCCAAUGCCAACGUUGAAACUAACAACUUAACUACCGAGGGUCAUUUUGUCAGGUCUGAUGUUCAUUCACGACAUGGACAGGCAUCUGCCUCUCAAGUGACAGCAACACCAAAAGAAACAAGUGUGGUGCAAAAUUCAGUGUUAAUUCAAGACUUCUUGUGGGAUUCAUGGACUGAGAGGGUUGAGGCAGUCAGGGAGUUGAGAUUUUCUUUUGACGGGAAUGUCGUUGUUGAUGAUGUUGCUCCAACAGGUGGAACUGGUGAAACCUGCUCUGGCGUUGGAUUUUCCGAACGUGACUUCUUGAGAACUGAGGGGGACCCUGGAGCAGCAGGAUACACCAUCAUAGAAGCCAUUGCACUCACACGAAGUGUGAUUCCGGGGCAAAGAUGUAUUGCUUUACAUCUGCUUGCAUCUGUACUCGACAAAGCUUUGUACAAACUUUGUCAGAGGAGUAUCGGCUACACAAGGGAACAAAAAGAUAAAUCCACUGAUUGGGAAGCCAUCUGGGCUUAUGCCCUCGGGCCGGAACCUGACCUUGUGUUAGCCUUGAGGAUGGCUCUUGAUGACAACCAUGCCUCUGUUGUUCUAGCAUGUGUAAAAGUGAUUCAGUCUCUUCUGAGCUGUUCGCUAAAUGAGAACUUCUUUAAUAUUUUAGAGAACAUGGGACCACACGGAAAGGACAUUUUCACGGCCUCUGUCUUCAGGAGUAAGCCGCAGAUUGAUCUUGGCUUCCUCCGUGGUAGCUACUGGAAGUACAGCGCUAAACCUUCCAAUGUUGUUUCAUUCCGUGAAAGAACCGUGGAUGACGAAGCAGAAGAUACGGAAACUAUCCAGAAAGAUGUUUUUGUAGCUGGACAAGAUGUUGCUGCUGGUCUCGUCAGAAUGGAUAUCCUUCCAAGAAUUUAUCACCUUCUGGAGACAGAACCAACAGCAGCGCUCGAAGACAGCAUAAUUUCUGUUACUAUUGCCAUUGCAAGACAUUCUCCAAAAUGCACAACUGCAAUCUUGAAGUAUCCGAAAUUUGUGCAAACAAUUGUGAAAAGAUUCAAGCUGAAGAAAACAAUGGACGUUCUUCCUUCUCAGAUCAAUUCUGUUCGCCUCUUAAAGGUGUUGGCCCGUUAUGACAAAAGUACAUGCAUGGAGUUUGUGAAGAAUGGGACAUUCAAUGCGGUCACUUGGCAUUUGUUUCAGUUUACUUCCUCUCUUGAUUCAUGGGUGAAGUUAGGGAAGCAGAACUGCAAGCUUACAUCCGAUUUGAUGGUUGAACAACUCCGGUUUUGGAAGGUCUGUCUUCAAAGUGGCUGUCUCAUAUCUCAAUACCCAAAUCUAUUCCCAGCUCUGUGCCUGUGGUUGAGUUGCCCAUCAUUUGAAAAGCUCAAGGAGAAAAAUCUCGUCUGCGAGUUUACUGCUGUGUCAAAGGAGGCUUACCUGGUCCUUGAGGCUUUUGCCGAGACACUUCCUAGCAUGUACUCACAAAAUAUUCCACGGAAUGAAUCUGGGGGUUGGGACUGGAGAUAUGUUAGCCCUAUGAUUGAUACAGCACUGAGCUGGAUAAUGAUGGCCCCCGAAUUACUCGAGUGGGAGACAGGAAUUGAAAGUGUCUCUGUGUCAACUACUUCUCUGUUGUGGUUGUAUUCGAGUGUUAUUCGUGCGUUUUCCAAAGUUCUUGAGAAAAUAUCUUCCCAGGCAGAGGAAGAACCUCUGCCAUGGCUGCCGGAGUUUGUUCCAAAGAUUGGCCUCACCAUCAUCAAGCACAAACUUCUGAGUUUUUCCGUUGCAGACGUAAGUAAGUGUGGAAAUGACCCUUCAAGGUGUUCCUCUUUUAUGGAAUAUUUGUGUUUUCUUAGAAAACAUUCCCAAGACGAAGAACUAGCGUUAAGUGCUGUGAGUUGCCUUCACGGGUUGACACGGACCAUCGUGUCCAUCCAAACUCUGAUAGAAUCUGCUAGAUCAAAGAUGGAAACUCCUCCUCAGGGAAGCGUGUCCAUUAGAGAUGAUUCUGUGCUUGCAAAAGGAAUACUGACAGAGUCUCUCGGUGACCUAACAUUUGUGUGGAGCUCUUUUAGAGAUUCUGUUGUAUCAGAAUGGCCCAUCAUGCAAUCCAUUGAGCUACACAAGCGAGGUGGACUAGCUCCAGGGUUGGGACUUGGUUGGGGAGCUAGCGGUGGUGGGUUUUGGUCAACCAAAAUUCUGUUGGCACAAGCUGAUGCCGGUCUUGUGAGUCUCUUUCUUAACAUAUCUCAAAUAGACUCGCAGAAUGAUCAGGGAUCGGUUUCCUUGAUGGAGAAAAUGAACACCGCUCUAGCUGUGUGCUUGAUUGCGGGUCCAAGGGAUCAUUUUCUUGUGGAAAAAGCCUUCGACUAUGUCCUUGGACCGCGUGCUUUAGAACACAUGGCCUUCAGUAUCAAGUCAAACAAGAGAGCCAUAACGUAUGACGGGAGAUUUAGUGAAGGUGAUUAUGAUCGUAUGAGCAAUGUGCUCAUUUCUCACUUCAAACUUCGAUGGUUACACCCAAAGAGAAAAUCUGAAUCCGAGAAUGGCGCAAGUGGAAUAAGGGAAGCCGCAGUUGGUCUGGAGACUAUUCAUGAGGAAGGUGAAAUUCCAAACUGUUCAACAGAGGACAAAAAAUCAGAUUCGUUGAUCAGUGAAUGGGCUCAUCAGAAAUUGCCCUUGCCUCCACACUGGUUUCUCAGCUCCAUAUCAGCAGUCCACGGUGGUAAAACCUCAACAGGGAUACCAGAAUCCACAGAGUUCCUUGAAACCGCAAAAGCCGGAGUUUUCUUUAUUGCAGGACUUGAGUCAUUGUCUGGGUUGGGAUCGCCUCCAUCUCCUAUUUCGAGUGUGCCUUUGGUUUGGAAGUUUCACGCUUUGUCCACUGUGUUGCUUGUUGGAAUGGAGAUCAUCGAAGACAAGAACACUAGGAACUUGUACAGUUUUCUCCAGGAGCACUAUGGGCAGGUUCUUGAUGAAACGAGACAAGGUCGCGGUGGAAGUGAGCUCCUGAAGUUCAAGUCUGACAUUUUCGAGAGUUACUAUACAUUUCUGGAGAUGCUGGUGGAGCAAUAUGCUGGAGUGUCUUAUGGGGACGUGUUGUAUGGCCGGCAGAUGUCGAUUUACUUGCAUCAAUGCGUGGAACCAUCUGUUCGGCUUUCGGCGUGGACUGCGCUCUCCAAUACAAGUGUUCUUGAGCUACUGCCGAGUCUAGACAGAUGCGUGGGAGAAGCAGAAGGUUACCUAGAACCAGCUGAGGAAAACGAGGGAGUCCUUGAGGCCUACCUAAAGUCAUGGACUUGUGGAGCUCUGGACAGAGCUGCAACGCGGGGAUCAGUAGCCUAUACACUUGUCCUACAUCACUUUUCAUCUUUAUUGUUCAGCAAGGGUAAAGAAGAAGUAUCCCUACGGAAUAAGAUUGUUAAGACUCUUGUGAGAGAUUUAUCAAGAAAGCAGCAGCGCAAGGGGAUGAUGGUGGAUCUCGUGCGGUAUAGUAGACGGUGUGCGAAUGCGAUGGAAGAAGAGGAAACAGCAACGCAGCAGAGGAGUGAGAGAGAGAGGAGAAUGGAGGUGUUGAAGGAGGCCUGCGAAGGGAACUCCUCACUCCUCUCGGAACUUGAGAAGCUCAACCUUGUGUGUAACUAAAGACGGUGAAAGGAAGUGUGUAACAUUUCUAGAACUUGAGAAGGUCAACCUUGUGUGUUGCUGUUUAGAUUAUGUCUGCGUCUUUUAUUUAUAGAAUCUCUAUAUGAUCCCUGAUGACAAGAAACAUAUGGCGCGAGAGAAAGUAAUUUUAAGUUGAAGGUGAUUAAGAAAACGUGUAGGCUUACAUCUAUAGAUUGGAGAAUCAGGACA